AUGUUCGUCCUUCUCUUGAGCCUCGCUGCCACGGCCCAGGCCGCCCUGUACGACACGGUCAUCAAAACCAAGUAUGGCCUGGUCCAGGGCGCCCCCGCGCUGAACAGCACCUUCGGCUCGAACCUGCCCGGAUGGGAGAACAUCACGGCAUGGAAGGGCAUCCCCUAUGCGAGCCCCCCGACGGGAGAGAACCGCUGGCGGAUCCCGCGCGACCCUGAACCGUGGGACGGAAUCCUCAACGCAACCUCCUUUGGCGAUGCGUGUGCCUUUGCCGACGCCGUCGAAGACUUCCCCCAGAGCGAGGACUGUCUGACGGUCAACAUCUGGACGUCGGCCGAGUCGACCGACGAGAAACGGCCCGUCAUGGUCUGGUCGUACGGCGCGACGACGGCGGCGCGCAUGAGCUGGUAUGACGGCGGCGGGAUGGCCUCCAAGGGGGUGGUGUAUGUCAGCUACAAUUACCGGACGGGGCCUUUUGGCUGGCUGUCGCUGCCGGAGCUGAGCGACGAGAUGGAGCCCUUCUCGGGCGUCAAGUCGUCGGGCAAUUGGGGAUUGCUUGACCAGAUCCAGAUUCUCAAAUGGGUGCAAGAAAACAUUGAAGCGUUUGGCGGCGACCCGAACCAGGUUGUUCACGCCGGCGAGUCCUUUGGCUCGGCUGCCUCAUACCACACGCUCAACAGCCCGUUGGCCAAAGGCCUCAUGCACGGCGUGAUCGCCGAGAGCGGCAUCAAGGACCCCUACGACCCGGCCACGGCCACCUUCGCCAACGCCUACUACAACCUCUCGUACGCCUACGACUUUAGCCAGAUCUACAUGGACAGCCUGAACGUGAGCUCGGUGGCCGAGCUGCGCAACCUGACCACCGACGAGCUCAUGACCGGCACCGGCGUCGAUGCCUUCUACGGCUUCGCCCCCGUCAUGGACUACUGGGCCAUCCCGAGCACAUACGAGGGCAGCGUGCGCUGGGGCCCGCAGAACGACGUGCCUCUGAUCGUGGGCAACAACCACGACGAGGACGGCGUGCAGCUGGGCCUGAACCUGACGGAAUCGACCUACAUCAACGAGACGGAGACCACCUACGGCGCAGACGCGGCGGCGACCUUCCUGGCCUCGUUCCCGGCCCAGAACGCCUCCAGCGCCGGCGACGCAUACAACGCCAUGCAGCGCGCCAUCUACACCACCUCCACCUGGGAAUACUGCGACAAGUUCACCAGCUCCGCCCAGAGCCCCGUCUACUACUACUUCUGGACGCACUCGCCUCCGGGCCAGACCGAGGGCGCCUACCACGGCUCCGAGGUGUUUUACGUGCUCAACACCCUCUACGGCGGCGAGCUGCCCUACACGGCCGAAGACUACGCCAUUGCAGACUAUGUCUCGUCGUAUUGGGCGAACUUCGUCAAGACCCUCAACCCCAACAUCGGCGGUUCCUAUACCAACGGCUCGCUGACCUUCUGGCCCGCCUAUUCCAGUACAGAGAACGUCCAGUUCGAGAUCGGUGAUGCCUAUGGCAACGUCGAGGUUGCCGACCAGGAUGUCAUGGAUGCCGUUGACGAGUACUUUCACUGGGCUAUGCCGGAUCCCUGGUAG